UGUGUCGUCUGCUAGCACAGCCUUGUGACUAUCGCGUUUCCGGGAGAAAAACCGGCACCACCGCGCCUCAGCAACAUCCGGUCUUCGAAGUGUCCAUUUUUGUGCCGAAGCCAUGGCGGACAAGAAGCCUGUCAAGAAGGAGGGAGCGAAGGAUGCCAGCAAGAACCCUAUGAAGGAGACCCGUAUCCGUAAAUUAUGCCUCAACAUUUGCGUUGGAGAGUCUGGUGACAGACUUACCCGAGCAGCUAAGGUGUUGGAACAGCUCACUGGACAGCAGCCCGUGUUCUCCAAAGCUAGGUACACUGUCCGUUCGUUCGGCAUCAGGCGUAACGAGAAGAUCGCGGUCCACUGCACAGUCCGCGGCGCCAAAGCCGAGGAAAUCUUAGAAAGAGGACUGAAGGUUCGUGAAUAUGAAUUGAGGAAAGAAAACUUCUCAUGCACUGGAAACUUCGGUUUCGGUAUCCAGGAACACAUUGAUCUGGGUAUUAAGUACGACCCUAGCAUUGGUAUCUACGGUCUUGAUUUCUUCGUCGUUCUUGGCCGACAAGGAUUCAAUGUCGCUCACAAGAAGAGGAAGCGUGGUGUUGUUGGCUUCCCCCACAGGCUUACCAAGGAAGAUGCUAUGAAAUGGUUCCAGCAGAAGUAUGAUGGUAUCAUCCUGCCCGGCAAGAAAUAAGCUGUGCUAGAAUACUUCUUAAAUAAAUAUUUGAAAAUCCA